GGCGGUUGUUAACUGCGUCAUGUGCUUCACAGCCCAACGCGACAUCAAGAGUCAUGUAGGAGACUUCCCUCGGAAGAAUCUUCGUCUACACUACUACUUCGCGAAAUUGUUCAUUGGUUCCCAUGUCUUCCGAGGACUUUCGUCCAACCCGGUCCAUGAUCCAAUGCCGACAGAGUUUCACGCCUUAGCUCAUGCAACGGUCGAGUUAUAAUCACACGAUGAUAGCAUAUGCGUGCAAUUUCCUUCUCAAGGUCGCAACAAAGUAUCAUCGUC